GAGCGUAAUGUACCGUGCAAAUUAGAUGUUUUAACCACGAGUGCAACUACCAUAUAAAUACUGGACAGAGGCUCUAACUACCAUAAGUCCCUCGCAGUUCUCGGUGAUUAUAGUUGACCGCUGACACAAUGAUGAUGAAAUACUUUGUUCUUCUGGUCGUGGCGUCGCUGGCGUUGGCGGAAGAAAAGUACACAGACAAGUACGACAACAUCGACCUGGACGAGAUUCUGGACAACAAGCGGCUGCUGCAGGCCUACGUCAACUGUAUACUGGACAAGGGCAAGUGCACGCCCGAAGGCAAGGAGCUGAAAGAUACCAUCAAAGACGCCAUGACGACGGCAUGUGAGAAGUGCACCGAGCAACAGAGGAAGGGCGCCCGAAAAGUGGUGAAGCACUUGAAGGAAAACGAACCGGAAUACUGGACCCAAAUGAAAGCUAGAUACGAUCCCGGGGACAAGUACCAGGAGAGUUACGAGGCAUUCCUGGCCCGGGACGACUAGGUGAAGGCUCAAGCUCCGAAACUGAUAAAGUUAUUUGUAGGUACAAUGACGUUAAAAUCGAUUAAAUAAAAUAUUUAUUGAACA